GGCUCCGUGGCGUUGAAUUCUCCGCCAGAAUGAGGCCAAACCCGACAGCUAAAAUCGUGAGCAUGCGGCACAGUCAGGAUCGAGACCACCACGGCGAUUCUCGGUAUCAGUUCAUGCUCGUCGAGAAAACUCAAUACAUAGGGACCAUUUCCCCUUGACUUUGAGUCGCAAUUUGUUUCAAAUUCGCACCGCUCACGAACCGAAAAUGGCAGACCUCCAUGACAAGGAGAUGGGUGUGAACGAGAAGGACACUACCCAUCACAUCGAAAAUUUCGAAACCGCAGAGGAGCAGAAUGCCUACGCCGUCAAAGGCGACGACUCCGAUGGACACAUUCCGAUGACCCCCAGGCGAUUCAUUGCCAUGGUUUCAUUGUUGAUGUCUUAUGUCGGGGCCAACCUUCCUCUCUUCUUCAUUUCUGGAUCCUUGACUUUCCUCCAGGCAUCCAUCAAGAACCCACAAACACAAGGCUGGUCUACGACAUCCUAUGGUGUGGCUUUGGCUGCGGUGACUCCAUUUUCCGGCUAUCUCCAGGACUUAGUUGGAAGACGAUACGUCGUCCUUUUAGGCUCCCUUCUGAUAUGCAUUGGUCUAGCGGUCAUUGGCAGCUCCCACCGCUUCCUCCAGUUGAUUUUUGGCUGCGUUAUCACCGGCAUAGGAGCAGGUAUCACUGAGCUCACGUCUACUGCAGGACUCGCUGAGGUUGUCUCUGUAAAGCAUCGGGGAUACACCCUUGCUCUGCUCUAUGCCUUCAUUCUCCCAUUUGCGCCAUAUGUGCUUUAUGCGCAACUGCUUGGAGAGCACGCCACCUGGCGGUGGUCGAUAUGGCUGGCAUUGAUCUACAAUGCCGUUGCUCUAUGUGGGCUUAUUUUCUCGUACUUCCCUAGAUCGCACCUCCGAGCUGAGGGAGUACGACGCCGUGACCUUGCCAAGGAGGUUGACUUCUUUGGAGGGUUCUUGUCGACCGCGGGCAUCGUUCUCUUUCUCGUCGGUCUACAGAGUGGUGGCACUAUUUGGCCCUGGAAGAAUGGCAAGGUCAUUGCACCCAUGGUGAUCGGCCUCGUCCUGAUCUUCGCCUUCAUCAUCUGGGAAUGGAAGGGUGCAAAGUACCCCAUGGUGCCCUCAGCUAUAUUUCAAGGCCAGCGGAUCGUCGGUGCCUGUAUGGUAACCGCCUUUGUCUGCGGUAUGAAUCUCUACGCCGUCCUCAACUUCAUGCCCCUCAUGUUCUCCACCGUAUACGAUCCCGACCCAAUGCACGUUGGCUUGAAAUCUCUAGGCUUCGGCCUCGGUCAAACAAUCGGCGCAACAGUCAUGAACGUGCUGAUGUCAGUAUUCAAGAACCACCAACGGGAGAACCUUUUAAGCUCCUGCAUCAUCAUGACUAUCUUCAUCGCCUCCCUCGCAGCCGUGACCCCGGACAACGCCAAAACCGUCAUCGCCCUCACCGCCCUCGCCGGCUGGGGCGUCGGCGGCAUCAUUGCGCCCAUCGCCACCAUCGCCCUCUCCGCCACCCCGGACGCCUUCCUCGCAACCGUCAUCUCGCUCAUCAACGCGCUCAAAUUCCUCGGCGGCUCCAUCGGAUACAGCAUCUACUACGCCAUCUUCUCCGGCAAGAUCAAGACCAAGCUGCCCGCGACCGUCGCCGCCUACGCCAUCAAAGCCGGCCUGCCGCUCACGUCGGUAGAAGGCUUCGUUGGGAUUUUCUUGACGGAUCCGACAAAGUUGGCGACGACGCCGAUUCCGGGGCUCACGCCAGCAGUGAUUGCGGCGGCGUCGAAGGGGCUGCGGUGGGCGUAUGCGGAUAGUGUGAAGUUUGUGUGGUAUACGACGAUUCCGUUUGGGGUUAUUUGUAUUGUGGCGGUGUUGGUGAUGGGCAAUACGAGGAAGUAUCAGACGAAUAGGGUUGCUGCUGCUCUGGAGUAG